CAUGUAGCAAUCGUUCGUUCGACUGUUAGCCACACUACUUACUAUCUGAAGUAAUGCUAACAUAAACAUAAUUAAGAGGGAUUAGGACCCAAACUCCCACUUCGCUCAUUCAACGAUAUAACGUCACUACAGUCCAUUUAUGGUACGUAACGUGCCUGCGUUUUUGUGUGUAUAGUUACCUGGGGUAACGGUCGCAUGUAGUUACUGAUGCUGUAAUUCACGGCCUACAACACAGCCGGUUCGGCGAAUAGUGUAUUCUAAUGGGACGGCUGAACUCGAACUAACAUAUGAAGCCUAUUAGGGUUAGGGAAGGAAUUUAGUUUGGUCGGAUAGGAUCUACGGGCAUAGCAGGAGCAAAUAAUGCAUCUGAAACACCUCAAAACGUUGCUAAGUCCUCAGACUGGCGCAAGUAAAGUCACUUGUUUGGCAUGGGCACCAAAUAAUACAAAGUUUGCAGUCUGCUGUGUUGACAGAGUGAUCAUUCUUUAUGAUGAGCAAGGAGAAAAGCGGGACAAAUUUUCUACAAAGCCUGCUGAUGCCAAGUAUGGCAAAAAGAGCUACAUGGUUAAAGGAAUGGCUUUCUCACCAGACUCCACCAAGAUUGCAGUUGGACAAACGGACAAUAUAAUUUAUGUGUAUAAGAUCGGUGAGGAAUGGGGAGACAAGAAAGUAAUCUGCAAUAAGUUUGUGCAAACAAGUGCAGUGAUCUGCUUAUUGUGGCCUACCGAACAUGCAAUAGUAUUUGGUCUGGCUGAAGGGAAGGUUCGUUUGGCAAACACAAAAGCAAACAAGUCUUCAACAAUUUAUGGAACAGAUUCCUAUGUAGUCUCUUUAGCAACAAAUGUGUCAUCUAAAGGAAUUCUUUCUGGACAUGCAGACGGUACUAUUGUGCGUUACUUCUUUGAUGAUGAGGGAUCAGGUGACUCCCAGGGCAAACUUGUGACUCAUUCUUGCCCUCCCUAUGCCCUGGCAUGGGCUUCCAGCAGCAUUGUGGCAGCAGGAUGUGACAAGAAGAUUGUUGCAUAUGGUAGAGAAGGUCAUGUGCUCCAGACAUUUGACUAUAGUCGUGAUUCCACAGAGAAAGAGUUUGUAGUAGCAGCCACUAGCCCUAGUGGUCAGUCAGUGGUGAUUGGCAGCUACGACAGGUUGCGAGUAUUUAACUGGAGCCCUCGUAAAGCUGCAUGGGAUGAGGCAAAGCCAAAAGAAAUUCCAAACCUUUAUACCAUCACUGCUCUGUCAUGGAAAAAAGAUGGGUCAAAGAUAUGUGCGGGUACGUUGUGUGGUGGGGUUGAACAGUUUGACUGCUGUUUGAGGAGAAGCAUCUACAAGAACAAAUUUGAAAUGACAUAUGUUGGACCAAGUCAGGUGAUAGUGAAAAACUUGUCAUCUGGGAUGCGAGUGGUGCUGAAGUCUCAUUAUGGUUAUGAGAUCGAUGAAGUUAAAAUAAUGGGAAAGGACAGGUAUCUGGUAGCCCGCACAUCUGAUACCUUACUACUUGGAGAUCUUUACACCAGCAAAUUAAGUGAGGUGGCUUGGCAAGGAUCCGGAGGGAAUGAAAAAUUUUUCUUUGAAAAUGAAAAUGUCUGUAUGAUAUUUAAUGCAGGUGAGCUGACCUUAGUUGAGUAUGGAAACAGUGAUAUCUUGGGAUCUGUUCGUACAGAAUUCAUGAACCCACAUCUCAUUAGUGUUCGCCUGAAUGAGCGGAAGCAAAGAGGAAUUGAGGAUAACAAGAAGCUGUCUUACCUGAUUGAUAUCAAAACUAUAGCAGCAGUGGACCUUGUCAGUGGUGUUAACUUGGGGACCAUCAGCCACGAUACUAAGAUUGAUUGGCUGGAGCUUAAUGAAACUGGACGCAAGCUUCUUUUUAGAGAUAAGAAGCUACGGCUACAUUUGUAUGAUAUUGAAAGAAGUUGUAAGACUACAAUCUUGAGUUACUGCUCUUAUGUUCAGUGGGUACCCAGCAGCGAUGUAGUUGUGGCACAGAACAGAGGUAACCUUUGUGUUUGGUAUAGCAUUGAUGCACCAGAGAAAGUCACCAUGUUCCCACUUAAGGGUGAUAUUGUAGACCUAGUGAGAUCCAGUGGUAAAACAGAAGUGAUAGUAACUGAGGGAGUUAACAGCAUCUCCUACACACUUGAUGAAGGACUUAUUGAAUUUGGAACUGCUAUUGAUGAUGGAGACUUCUUCAGGGCUGUUGCUUUUUUGGAAACACUGGAAUUGUCUGCUGAAAGUGAAGCCAUGUGGAAAACACUAAGCAAACUGUCUCUAGAGGCCAGACAGCUGCAUGUGGCCGAAAGGUGUUUUGCUGCUUUGGGAGAGGUGUCAAAAUACAGAUUCCUUCGUGAAACGAACAAGAUUGCAGAUGUGGUAGCCAAAGAACAUGGGGGAGAUGGCACAGACCAUUACCAGGUAUGUGCCCGACUGGCUAUGUUAGAGAAGAACUACAAGCUGGCUGAAAUGUACUUCUUGGAACAGAAUGCUGUGGAUGAAGCCAUGGAAAUGUACAAAGAAUUGAAUAUGUGGGAUGAAUGUAUUGAAGUUGCUGAAGUCAAGAACCAUCCUGAUCUUGAGAAUCUUAAGCGCACAUAUUACCAGUGGCUUAUGGACACAGGCCAGGAUGAGAAGGCUGGAGAAGUGAAGGAAAGUGAAGGAGAUUAUAUCGGUGCUGUCAAUAUGUACUUGAUGGCAGGUCUUCCAGCAAAAGCAGCUCGAUUGGCAAUGAGCAGGGAAGACCUUAUGAACAACAGUGAUGUCAUCCUUCGUGUUGCUGCUGCUUUGAUAAAGGGAGAAUUUUAUGAAAGGGCUGGAGAUCUUUUUGAAAAAGUUCGGAAUCACCAAAAAGCCUUAGAAUGUUAUCGUAAGGGCAAUGCAUUUAGAAAAGCGGUGGAGCUGUCUCGUGUGGCAUUCCCUUCAGAAGUGGUGAAGUUAGAAGAAACCUGGGGUGAUUACUUGGUACAGCAGAAACAAAUGGAUGCUGCUAUCAACCACUUCAUUGAGGCAGGUUGUACUAUAAAGGCUAUUGAAGCAGCACUGGGUGCCAGACAGUGGAAAAAGGCACUUCAUAUCCUAGAACUACAGGACGACAAAACUACAAGCCAAUACUAUUUUAAAGUUGCCCAGCAUUAUGCAUCUGUUCAGGAAUAUGAGAUUGCAGAGCGACUUUAUCUUAAAGGUGACAGAAUAAAAGAUGCAAUUGAUAUGUACACACAUGCUGGGCACUGGGAGAAAGCUCAUAAGCUGGCAACAAAAUGCAUGAAACAAGAAGAAGUGUCAGUCCUGUACAUAAGUCAAGCUCAAGAAAUGGAAAAACAAGGGAAGUAUAAGGAAGCAGAAAGAUUAUAUGCAACAAUGGAUGAACCUGACUUGGCAAUAACAAUGUAUAAGAAGCAUAAAAUGUAUGAUGAUAUGAUACGUCUAGUAGCAAAGUAUCACAAGGACCUACUUCCUGACACACACAUUCAUCUUGCAAAGGAGCUUGAAGGAGAGAGUCGGUUCCAAGAAGCAGAGUACCAUUAUUUAGAGGCUAAAGAAUGGAAAGCUGCAGUCAACAUGUAUAGGAUGAAUGACAUGUGGGAAGAGGCAUAUCGGGUGGCCAAGGGACAUGGGAGUACGAAUGCUCACAAACAGGUGGCGUAUUUUUGGGCCAAGAGCUUGGGAGGAGAAGCUGCAGUUAAACUUCUGAACAAAUUUGGUCUUUUAGAAACCGCCAUUGACUAUGCUGCUGAUAACUGUUCAUUUGACUUUGCGUUUGAAUUAGCUCGUCUUGCAAUGAAACACAAAAUGGCAGACAUUCAUUUAAAGCAUGCAAUGUUCCUGGAGGAUGAGGGAAAAUUCCAAGAAGCUGAAGGAGAGUUCAUUAAGGCUGGAAAACCUAAGGAGGCUGUUCUGAUGUAUGUGCAUAACCAGGAUUGGGAUGCUGCUCAGCAGGUAGCUGAGGCCCAUGAUUCUGACAGUGUUGCUGAUGUCCUGAUCGGGCAGGCACGUUUUGCUUUUGACCAGAAAGAGUAUCAAAAAGCUGAAACGUAUCUUCUUCGAGCUCAGAAACCAGAACUUGCUGUUAAGUAUUACAAGGAAGCUGCAAUGUGGAGUGAUGCAUUCCGUAUCUGCAAGGAGUAUAUCCCCAUAAAAUUGGAACACCUACAAGAAGAGUAUGAGAAGGAAGCUUCUAAAAAAGGGUCCAGAGGUGUGGAAGGGAUGGUUGAACAAGCCAGAGAAUGGGAACGGUCCGGGGAUUAUGCCAGGGCAGUGGAGUGCUAUCUCAAAGUUAAGGAUGCUACUAAUCCUGGUCUUAUGGAGAAAUGCUGGAUGAAGGCUGCAGAACUGGCAAUCAAAUUUCUAAAGCAAGAUAAGACAUUAGAAGUUAUUCAAACAGUGGGUCCUUGGCUUACCAGCAUAGGGAAAUACAGUGCGGCUGCUGAACUUUAUCUUAACUUGGACCUCAUUAAAGAAGCCAUAGACACAUUUAUUGAGGGAGAAGAAUGGAACAAAGCAAAACGAGUGGCUAAAGAACUGGAACCCAGGUAUGAAGAAUAUGUGGAUCAGCGUUACAAGGAGUAUUUGAAGAAUCAAGGCAAAGUAGAAUCGCUUGUUGGAGUGGAUGUCAUGGCAGCCCUUGACAUGUAUGCUGAAAGGGGUCAGUGGGAGAAGUGCAUUGAUACUGCAGGAAAACAGCAGAACUAUAAGAUCCUUCAUAAGUAUGUUGCACUGUAUGCCACACAUCUUAUCAAGGAAGGGGCUACAGAGAAGGCACUGAGCUUGUACGUACAGCAUGGUGUUCCAGCCAGUUCACAAAAUUUCAACAUCUACAAACGAAUAUUUCUUGAUAUGGUGAAUUUAGCUGGUAUGAACUCUGCUGAAGCAUUCCGUAACUGGGCUGACCUCCGUGAUAUGCUUUUUAAUCUGUGUGAGAAUCUGCUAAAGUCAUCAGAAGUAAACUCGCCAGCCCAUGAGGAGUUUGAACAGAUGCUUCAGAUCGCACACUAUUAUGCAACCCGUUCAGCAUCACAAGGAGCAACUCAACUGGGUACUGUAGCAGCAAAAAUUUCUAUCUCACUAUUGCGACACAUCGAACUUAUCCCAGUAGACAAAGCAUUUUAUGAAGCAGGCAUGGCAGCAAAGGCACAAGGUUGGGAAAACAUGGCAUUUAUUUUCCUGAAUCGAUUUCUGGAUCUCUGUGAUGCAAUUGAUGAGGGUAACUUUGAUGCCUUGGACCAUUCAGAUUUCCAGGAUACUGAUAUUCCAUUUGAAGUUCCCCUGCCUGGAAAACAGCAUGUGACAGAGGAGAAACGUGAAGAAAUCAGGGACUGGGUGCUCACUGUAUCCAUGGACCAGAGAGUGGAGCAGGUACUACCUAGGGAUGAGAGAGACACAUUUGAGGCCUCCCUUAUUGCUGUGAAUACUGGGAUACGUUCUCUUCCAUGUCUUAUUACUGGUUAUCCAGUCCUAAGAAAUAAGAUUGAGUUUAAACAACCUGGAAAAGCAGUCAACAAGGAUGACUGGAACAAAUUUCUUAUGGCAGUCAAGACAACGCACAAUCCAGAAUGUCAGGAUGUUGUCAAAUUCAUUAGUCAGUGGUGCGGUGGAAUUCCAAGUGGCGGCUUUUCAUUUCAGUGAAAUGACACUAAGGAAUUGUCUUGUGCUGUCAUUCCAUUUUGAGUUCAACCAUAGCUCUCUUCAUUACCAUUUUUAUAAAAGAUAACACUAGGAAUAUUAUGUACACACCGUUACAAAACUGGACCACCAAAGAGACGCACACAGAGCAAAUUUUCUAAUUACAGCAUCCUGGCUGCUUUCAUAAGCAUUUCUCCAGCUUCCCAGAUGAGUCACUGAUAUAAAAUCCCUCAUGGUAGAACAAAACAGUUAAUUUUGUAAGAACUUCAAGAUUUUUCUGUGUCAGUGUAUAUAAAAGUUUCUGGUCAGUAAACAAAAUGUACAUUGUCCUAAUGACUUUCUUAGUAUAUAGCUUUUUUCUUUCUGUAAUUUGUUUUGUACUUCACAACGAUAACCAAAAUGUUAAAUAUUUUAUUUUUUUCCUUUUGUAAUUCAUAAAAUAAAGCCAUAAUUUUUGUUGUC